AUGGCAAAUAUUUUAAAAAAUUACUCAGCAUCGGAAGCAACCGCAAAUCUAUAUCUCAACGAUGAAUUAGCUGACGUUCGCUUCGUAUUCAGUAAAUAUGAUGUGAUUAAAAAAGUUCCAGCCAAUAAAGCAAUUUUGGCAUCAUUAAGCCCAGUGUUCAACAAGAUGUUUUACGGUGAUUUGAAGGAAGGAGCUGAAGUUGCAAUAGCUGAUGCGAGCGCCGAAGGGUUCAAAGAGUUUUUACAGUUUUUCUACUUAAGUAAAGUGACGCUGACCAUGGAACAUAUCGACACCGUUGCUCGAUUGGCGGAUAAAUACGACAUUCUUGAACAUGUUAAGGCAUGCGCCGAAUUUCUCACUGGCCAAUUAACUGUGGAAAACAUGUGCUGGGGUUACGAGUUGGCUUUGAUUCUUGAAAACGAUGCAUUAAUCGAUUAUUGUAAAACCGAGUUCAUCAAAUCACCAAAGGAAAUAUUGGCCACCGAAGCAUUCGCACGAUGUGAAACUAAUACGUUAGAAAAAAUAUUAAAACUCGACUUCAGAUGCAACGAAGUAGAUAUAUUUAAUGCAUGUCUGUUGUGGGCAAAAUUCGCGUGCAUAGAAGCCGAUCUCGAUGAAAAUAAAGGGGAAAACAUAAAAUCUCAACUUGGCGACUGUUUCAAACUGAUUCGUUUUGGAGCAAGGAAAAUAGAAGAAUUCUAUGCGAUCUCAAAUGCACAAACUGGACUUUUUACUUUGGAGGAAUUCCAGGAUACUGUUUUCGCAAUCACAUUGAAAUGCAAUCACAUUAUGGGACGAAUCGAAUCCAUUAACUUGUCAACGAUCAUGUGCAAAACUUGA